AUGACGGACGGUGAUACCAACCACCUUUAUCCCAACUUCAGUGCACGGUCGGAUGAGAGGGAUGAGAGGCUAUCCGACCUCAGUAAAUCCCUUGUCGGCCCAGGCCAUUUGUUUCAGUCCCAGUCGCAAUUCAAUCAACCAUGGCAUGGUCAGGCAGAUGCCGCCUACACAGCUGAUGGAAACAGUUCAGGAAUCUAUCAUGACAACGGCUCCCAAUUUCAUUCAGUUUUUACUUAUAAUGCUGGCCAACAAAAUACCCCAGCACAUGAUGAGAAUCACAAAAGCUCGGGUGAUGAACCUAGUGACUUAGAGCUUUUACAGGCAAAACGUGCAAAAGCAUUGGCUUCACUAUCUCAGAGACGAGCUUCAAGUCAUGGGGCUAAUUCUGGGAAUGCGGAUGCUGCACGUAGGAGCUCAGGCACCCUGGCUUCUCUCACUCAAGGCUCAGAAUCUGCCAUUGAUCAGCCACUACACGCAAAGGGAUCUGCGGCUGCUAGGAAUGCUAAGUCUUCAGACAAAGACACUCCAGCAGCCGCGGAAAGUCCCUCUGGGAGGAUGGGUGCGGUCGAACAACAAAAGCCUCAUCCCAAUCAGAUUGCCUCAGCUGAAGACAUUGAUGGUUUGCUGGCCGAGGGCAGAGUGUCAGCAGUUAGUGUUUCCAAAUCAUCUGCUACCGGCCAGCAAAGUGGGGAAGAUGCUAGAGCUACCAGACGGACUUCUAUUCCUCUAGAUGAAAACAGUGCUCCGGCGGCAGAUUAUGUUUCCCAAAGGCGUCAAACUGCCCAUAAAAUAAACCCCAUUUUGGGACCUGAAGGCCGGAAGGCCAGUUGCUCUUCUGCCGCAAACGAGACAGCGGGAUCAAGUGUUGCGGAUAAUGUUGAUUGUGCUUCUCAUCCGGAAGUGAGACGUACGUCGGGACAAUCAGAUCAUAAACCAGUUCCAGAGCGACGUGUAUAUGAACCACCAAAGCGAACUUGGGCGGACAGCAGUGUUAGCUUUUCUGUUUCCCGAAAGAAUGGCUCAUCUCUAAAGGCUGGCUCCCCCCUGUCGAAACGGCCCACUCCUGGUGCCAUGCAAUCCAACUGGGAUGUUGAUAAUGAGUUCUCCAAGCUACAGCCCAAUGAAAUUGAAGAGAUCCGCGAAUGGCUUGAGCACACAGGUUAUUAUGAUGAAACUUAUCGCCGCGGAAGGUUGAACCGUUUCAGGCGACUGGCUGCUUUGGAACGCGAGAAGGAGGAGCUCAUGAGAGAAGAGGUACAGGAACGUGAAGCUUUGACCAAAAACAGCGAUCGAGCUUCGUAUUUGUUUUCUCACAAACUUUCAUUUGAUUCUUCCGGCUAUGAUCCUCAAGCAAAUUCUUCCAUGCCUCCCCCUCCUUUGAUCCCAAAGACCAACACUACAUCUAGCACCAUGAAGUUUAGCGAUACCACAAGAAACCUAAGCUUAGGAGUGUCUGAUGAUCAUACUCCCAGCCAUGUCUCCAAAAGACAGUACUCUCAUCUUGAAAAUGGAGAUCAGCAUGAAAGAGCAGAGAAAAUUGUGCGGACUCACUCUAACAGCAACUCCAAGGACGUGUUGCACAACGAAGAAGUCCAGAACUUUAUAAAUAAAGAACGCAUCAAUAUGAUCAAGGACCAUAAAUUUCUCUGCUCUCGACAAAGUGAUGAGGAUCUGUUGGAUCCACACGGAAGCCGGGUCGACUCUGGCUUUUGGCGAGGCCGUGGUCGUGGUCGUGGUCGUGGCCGCGGUCGUGGCCUUGCACGCGGGUGGAUUCGUGGCCGCGGGCGCGGUCGCGGGGAAUUCAGUGCAGGUUUUGGUCAUGAUAUUUCUUCCUCUCGUGGACUGAGAGGGUCUGAGGAGUUAGACCUGGCGGCAGGAGAUGUCACCUACUUCCUGAUUAAAUGCGUUGCAUAUGAAAUGGUGGAUGCGGCUAAAAAAGAAGGAACUUGGGCAACGCAAGUGAAGAACCUGGAGAAAUUUACCAAUGCUUUCGACAAUUCUCGUCAUGUUGUUCUUGUCUUCUCAGUGAAUCAGAGCGGGGCAUUCCAAGGUUAUGCACGGAUGGAUUCUCAUCCUGGAGCCGAAGGCGUUGAGAGGCCGAGUUGGAUCAACAGCCUUGAUAUGCCUCUCGGCCCACCCUUCAGCAUCACUUGGUACAAUACCAUUGAAACAAGGUUCAAAUAUGUCGGACAUAUUAAAAACCCUUACAAUGACAAUCACGACGUUACCUAUGCGAGAGACGGUCAAGAAUUAGAAGAAGAAUGCGGCCGUACUCUGUGUGGGAUCCUUGAUAAAUCAAUAGACUUCGUCUCUACAUCAGACUAG